UCAUUCGAGAAUGUUCUUCUCUGACUCUCCACGCAAUAUACGUGGACCCAUCCUUAAAAUCCCUCAUUCUGACCGAUCAACCUGCCUCAUUCCUCUCCCUCAAACUACAGACGCACACAGGAAACACAACAGACCAGGCCCUAACCACUACUUGCCCCAAAAGCUGACCCAUUAACUCUCCAGGCCCGACUGGUCCCGCCCACGCCUACGGCCUCCGGGGUUCUAAGUCCCCGCCCCCUCCGAGGAGUUUCCCAAAACCCAGCGCGGCAGGCCUCAGCCGCGCUAAGAUGGCGACUCCCAUGCAUCGCCUCAUAGCCCGGAGACAAGCUGAAGCAAAUAAACAACAUGUAAGAUGUCAGAAAUGCUUGGAAUUUGGGCAUUGGACUUAUGAAUGCACAGGAAAAAGAAAGUACCUACAUAGGCCUUCAAGAACAGCAGAACUAAAGAAAGCUUUAAAAGAAAAAGAAAACAGAUUAUUAUUACAGCAAAGCAUUGGAGAAACUAAUGUAGAAAGAAAGACCAAGAAAAAAAGGUCUAAGAGUGUAACUAGUUCCAGUAGCAAUAGCAGUGACAGUUCAGCCAGUGAUUCUUCGUCAGAGAGUGAAGAGACCUCUACCUCAUCCUCCUCAGAGGACAGUGACUCUGAUGAAAGCUCCUCCAGUUCAUCAUCUUCAGCCUCCUCCACAAGCUCUUCCUCGUCCUCCGAUUCAGACUCAGAUUCCAGCUCUUCCAGUAGCAGCAGCAGCAGCACAAAUAGUAGCUCUGAGGAUGAACCACCAAAGAAGAAGAAAAAGAAAUAGAAUUGUUCCAUCCAUGUUGGACUGAUGGACUAAAAACGUUAAUGCGAUUCUCAGAAGGGAAUUUAGAAUGUGUUAAGACCAAAUAGGUUAACUGAUCAAAACUUUUAGAGUUCAAAAGUUUCUAAAUGUUUUACAUUGUAGGAGCAUAAAGAGUAUUAAUAAUGGAUUAUAUAUAUAAAGACUUUUUUAUUUUAGGGGUGAAUCUUUUUUUUUUUAUCUUUAAAAUAUAUCUCUAAAAUUAAUCAAAGCUGAAAUCUAGUAAAUCUUUUUUUUUUUUUUUUUUUGGCGAUACGCAGGCCUCACUGCUGUGGCCUCUCCCGUUGCAGAGCACAGGCUCCGGACGCGCAGGCUCAGCGGCCAUGGC